ACGUCAAAUUGACAGUUUCUUGCUUCCGAUUUUAAUGUUUGUUCGAGUUGUUUAUAGAAUGAGUUUAUUGUUCCAUUGUAAAAAAAAUAUCAACAAAUGAUGAAAUACUACUUAUGAUACCAGUGAUUUUUGUUUGUUUUAACAAAUCAUGACAUAUCCAUUGCACCGUAUUCUGAGGUUAUAUCGAACGCAGUGUUUUCUACAAAAGAAACGAUUUAGUCACAUUGGGGUCACAGAUAGCUCCAAUAACACUGAAAAUCGACCAGGAAAUAGUGAGAGAGGUAACAAUUUAAAAAAUCUAUUAUUGAAAUAUCAAGAUAAAAUUACAUUUAAUUCAUACUUGGAACAUGAGCAGUUGAAAUUAGGUUAUUUUAAGUAUCAUUUAAAAACACUAAAAGAAGGAAGAUCAGAGCAAAAGAAACAGUUUACAGAAAAAUCUUUACCUCCACUACCCAUUGCUCUCCAGUAUUAUGUGAAUAAACAGAGAUUACUACAAGAUAACUCUCCAGAAGAAGAUAAAGUAAAUUCAGACGAGGAGAUUUUUCAAUUACCUUUUGCAAAAACUACAAACCUCGAAACAAAAGAUGAACCCAAAAUAGCACCUCCAUAUAUUGAAAAAUCUGAGUUUGAUCGGUCUAAUAUACAUAAAUGGAUGGUAAACUAUGAAUAUUUUGAUGAUAGUGAAUUAGAUGAAAAUGAUGAAAUACAACAUUGGUCAAGACAAUAUGGCACACCAGACCCCACUAUUGGCAUCAGUAGAGUUCCCUGUGGAGGCUGUGGUGCCUUAUUGCAUUGCAGUGAUCCUGCUAUCCCAGGAUAUUUACCUAGCGAGAUUUUUCGAAAUAGAACUAAUGAAGAACUGAAAACAAUGGAAUGUCAGCGCUGUCAUUUUCUUAAAGAAUAUAACAUAGCCUUAGAUGUUACUGUGCAACCAGAGGAAUAUGAGAAAUUACUACAAGCUAUAAGGUAUGUCAAGGCUUUGGUGAUACUUAUGGUGGAUUUACUGGACUUUCCAUGCUCUAUAUGGCCUGACAUUGUGGAUAUCAUUGGUACAGAUCGACCAAUCAUUAUUGUAGGAAAUAAGGUGGAUUUAUUGCCUGGUGACAGUCCCAGAUAUCUUACACGUGUAAAACAUUCACUAAUAACUGAAAUCAGCAAGACAAAACUUAAUGAAGCUAAGAUCAGAUAUAUUUCACUCAUAUCAGCAAAGACAGGCUACGGGGUGGAAGAUUUGAUAUCAGUUAUGUUCAAGGAAUGGCUCGGAAAAGGGGAUGUAUUUUUAGUGGGCAGUACGAAUGUCGGAAAAAGCUCUCUUUUCAAUGCACUAAUACAGUCAGAUUAUUGCAAGGUUCAUGCUGUGGACAUAGUGAAGAGAGCAACAGUGAGCAGAUGGCCAGGAACUACAUUAAAUCUUUUGAAAUUUCCUAUCAACAGGCCGUCCGGUUGGAAAAUAUAUGAGAGAACAAGAAGACUGAAAAGUGAGGCGAAACUUAUUAAAAUGGAAAAUGAAAUCAAAAAGGCCCAAUCUUCAGGUAAACGUCGUGCCGAGCCUCCACAUCUCAUAGGUCACAUCGGAAGAUCAUUUUCUAAUCAGUUCACUGAUGCAUCCUAUGACGUAGCAGAAGUGAAACGAAAAAUGAUGACCCUGGACGAAAAGCACGAGGUAUUCGCAAAGAGCAAAUGGUUUUACGAUACACCAGGAGUGAUUCUACCCGACCAAGUUUUAUCGCUCCUCAGCACAGAGGAACUCCUACUCACCAUUCCAAAAGAAACAAUCAGGCCCCAGACUUACUAUCUUCACAUGGGGUCUACAAUAUUCAUCGGCGGGCUCGCCCGAAUCGACCAUAUCCACUGCUCGCAUCCGUGUCGAUUUACAAUAUUCUGUUCAAAGAGUCUGCCCAUCACUGUGUGCAAGACGGAGGACGCAGAAGAGGUGUACGAGAAGUUUCUCGGGACGGAACUGUUCGCGGUGCCGACGGGAGGAACGGAGAGACUGAAACAUUGGCCAGGAUUGAAAAGGGGCGAUGAUGUGAUGAAUUUCGUGGGCGAAGGACCGAAAAUAUGCUGCGGGGACGUGGUGCUGUCGUCGGUGGCAUGGGUGGGGGUGACGGCCAAGGGAGGGGUCGAGUGCCGCGUGGGGGCGUGGACGCCGCAGGGCCGCGGCAUAUACCGCCGCGUGCCCGCUGUGCUGCCGCACGCGGUCAACAUGAAGGGCAAGAGGCUGCGCGACACGCCGGCCUAUAUGGUCGGCAAAGCUUUUUACGAAAAUUAACAAACUCUUGAUUUAGUGAUUUGAUCUAGAAUAAAUAGCAACUGAUGGAUCUUC